CCUUCCAACACAUCAGCUCUUCCUUGAGUCUGAUCACUACACACUACUCUUCAGCCUUUUCAUAUCACCCUUUGCUACCAAACCAAUUCAGUCUCUUUGCUUGUUCUACCUGAGUUUGAAACGUAACCUUAGAACCAUUUCACACAACACUUUCUGUUCCUUAAUUCCUGAAAGAAAAUGGCAUCUUGUUCAAUCUCAGCCUCAGGCUCAUGGAGUGUUAAGGACAACAAGGCCUUUGAAAAGGCUCUAGCUGUUUAUGACAAGGACACCCCUGACCGUUGGUACAAUGUUGCUCAUGCUGUUGGCGGCAAAACUCCAGAGGAAGUGAAGAGGCACUACGAACUCCUUGUUCAGGAUGUUAAGCAUAUUGAGUCAGGACGUGUUCCAUUCCCAAAUUACAAGAAAACUACUUCAGAGUCAACUGAUCAGGAGGAAAAAAGGCUGAGGAAUUUGAAUUUGAACCUCCAGUGACCCCCCCACCCCCCAUCCCCCCAUCAAGAACAACAAACUGAUUUUCUAAUUUUCAUCAACCAACAUGUUUAAUUUUCAGCAUCCCUGGUAGUACUACGUGGUGUUAUGUCACACAUAAUUGCUAGUGCAAUAGCAUCUUAGGCUAUAUUAGUCAUCAUAAGAAUCAUAUGUCCCGUGAUUCCAUCUUGUACUUUCUUGUCGUUGAAGCUGCCUCUAGCUUGAAGAGUUAACGACUGUUUCAGUUCCUCGUCCUAAAUAAAUUUAUAAUUUUAUAAUA